GUUGCUGGCGCCGGCUUACCCAAAUACCCAAUCGAAUCGAGUCCAGCUAGGAGUCCAGCAUGCACGGUGAAGCGGACUAUCCAAGGCUGUCCGUUGAGCUUGAUCUUCUCCGCCACCUCGUCGACCCUUGUUUGUCCCUUCCCUUGUAAAUAUCCACAUCCAUGUCCCUGCUCUGUCGUUCCCAACUCCUCCACCACGGCUGCCACGCCUCCUCGAAAAGAAGACCUGAUUCUUUCGAGGUUUUGUUCUCCAUCGACGAUUGGCACUUUGAUUGGCGUAAGCUUCAUGAAUGGAGCAACUGUUUCUGCCUUGCCGCCGGAAGUGAGGAACCAAUGGCACUGCCACUGCGGGAGUACGUGCAGGGGUUCAGAACUGGAGAUUAAAGCAGUUCAUUGGAUCGGAUGACAUUAUGAUAUCAUGGGAGUUACAGAUACUUACUAAUUCUUCUCACUCUGAGACUCCCGGGAAAAGAAAGAAAGAAAGAAACAAAGAAAGAAAGAAAGAAAGAAAGAAAGAAAGAAAGAAAGAAAGAAAUGAAGCCCAGCAGCGCAAGAGUUCUUGAUCCCCGGGGGCCAUUUCUACAGAAAUGGAACAAGAUAUUUGUGAUAUCAUGCCUUGUUUCAGUCUCCGUGGACUCGCUCUUCUUCUAUGUCCCGGCAAUCGACGGCGACAACAGCUGCCUGUAUCUGGAUGACAAUCUGCAAAAGAUAGCUAGCAUCCUGCGCUCUCUCACCGAUCUCUUCUAUCUACUCCGCGUAAUAUUCCAGUUCAGGACAGGCUUCGCAGCUCGCUCAUCUUCCGGAGCGUUUGGUCGUGGGGUCUUGGUUCAUGACAUGUUGGCAAUAGCAAAGCGGUAUCUAUCGACAUAUUUUCUGAAUGACAUCUUAGCUAUUCUGCCCCUUCCUCAGGUUUUUGUGUGGUUAAUGCGGCCACAUCUCCAAGGUUCAAAGGUUAUGACUGCAAAAAACGUACUGAUGUUCAUAAUCUUGUUCCAAUAUGUGCCUCGACUGAUCAGAAUAAUACCACUCUACCUUGAAAUCACGAGAUCAGCUGGUACAGUAAUGGAUACUGCAUGGCCGGGUGCUGCCUUUAAUCUUGUAGUUUAUAUACUCGCUAGUCAUGUCCUUGGAGCUCUUUGGUACAUUCUUGCCAUACAGCGACAAGACACCUGUUGGAGAGAAGCUUGUAAUAGCCAGGAUGGUUGUGAUCUGGCAACUUUAUAUUGUGGAAGUACUGCAUUUGGAAACAAUACGUUCUUACAAGAUGCUUGCUCAACAAAUGGCGGUGACGAUGUAGAUCCAAUAUUUGGAAUUUAUCUACCAGUUCUCCAGAAUGUUUCAGAAUCAACAGGUUUCUUCGAAAAAUUAUUCUACUGCUUUUGGUGGGGGCUACAAAGUCUAUGUUCUUAUGGUCAAAACCUGAAAACAAGCACUUACAUAUGGGAGAAUAUGUUUGCUGUUUUUGUCUCAAUGUCAGGUUUAGUUUUGUUUGCUCUCCUCAUAGGAAAUGUUCAGACCUAUUUACAAUCAGCCUCCGGCCAUAUAGAGGAAAUGAGAGUGAUAAGACGUGACACGGAGCAAUGGAUGUCAUACAGAUUGCUUCCAGAGCAUAUCAAGCAACGAAUAUUGCGUCAUGAUCAAUAUAGAUGGCAAGAAACACAAGGUGUGGAUGAAGAGGGUCUUCUUAUAAACCUUCCUAAGGAUCUCAGGAGGGAUAUAAAGCGUCAUCUUUGUCUAUCACUUCUCUUGAGGGUUCCAAUGUUUGAAAACAUGGACGAUCAGCUCUUAGACGCCAUGUGUGAUCACGUAAAACCCAUGCUGUACACAGAAGGAAGCUGCAUCAUCCGCGAAGGCGACCCAGUGAACGAGAUGUUCUUCAUCAUGGGAGGGAGACUUGAGAGCAUGACAACAGAUGGCGGGCGAACGGGCUUCUUCAACUCCAAUGUCCUCCAAGGCGGCGAUUUCUGCGGCGAAGAGCUCCUCACAUGGGCUCUGGAUCCUGCUUCGGGCUCAAGCCUCCCCAGCUCAACCAGGACGGUGAAGGCGCUGUCGGAGCUCGAAGGUUUCGCCUUGAGGGCUCAUCACCUGAAGUUUGUGGCCAACCAGUACAGGAGGCUCCACAGCAAGCAGCUCCGGCACACCUUCAGAUUCUACUCCCAGCAAUGGCGUACGUGGGCUGCUUGCUUCAUACAGGAAGCUUGGCACAGGUAUUGCAGAAGGAAGCUGGAGGACAGCCUGAGCCUGUACGAGAAGGAGAGGAUGUUCCAAGCAGCAAUUGUGACUGACGUCGACUCUAGUUCUCGCAGCCUUGGCGCGGCGCUCUACGCUGCCCGUUUCGCUUCCAACAUGCUACGGAUCUUACGGAGAAACGCUGCCCGAAAGACGCGUUUGCUGGAAAGAGUGUCUUCAGGGCUGUUGUUACAGAAGCCAGCAGAACCCAACUUCUUCGCUGAUGAAGGGUGACCUUUUUUUUUGGUACGCUGGUACCAAUGCGAACAAUGUUCAUCGGCUGGCAACCUGUAAUUCUUUUAGAAGCAUAAAGGGAUAGAUCUUGUUAAUAUAUCGUCUGAAUCUAUGAUUGGAUGCUGUAAUAGACACCAAAUGGUCUGAAGUUGUCAGUUUUUUUAAUAGCGUAAAUCAGAUUU